AUGAUGCAAAUGCCUAUUUUCCUGUUGAGCCAGGCUACGUUUUUAAUAGAAGAUACGAAGCUUUGGCAAAGCUCGGCUGGGGCAGUUGUUCCACCGUAUGGCUUGUUCGAGAUCUGGCGCUUUCAAUCUGAACGCUAUUUGACCCUGAAAGUCGGAAAUUGUGAUUAUCAAGAUAUGAAUGCAGCUUCGCACGAGGCUCGUAUUGAAAGUCUCAUUGCACAGGCAAACCCCUACCACGACGGUCGUAACUACCUCCAGACCUUUAUUGAAAAUUUGAGGAAAGGGGCCCGACUGGUACGCAUAUAUGCUUAG